CAUACUUGUAUUUCAUUCCUUCCGCAUGUUGUGUUUCUACGAUAGGAAUGAGUACUGGACUGAACGAUCAACCUUGAUCCAAACUUUCCCACCCAGAACUCAUCAGAUCUAUUACACGAACCAUGCUUUGAUUAGAUAGGUGCGGACUCGACAUGGCGUCUCGAGCGCUGUACUCGCCUAGGCACCCGGUGCUGAAGAAGCGGGAUGAUUUUGAAGACGUUCUUGAAGAGAGGAGACGCUCCAGUGAUCUGAGAUACGCACUGAGAUGUUACACUCCCACGCUCUAUAAGGGACUCGUCCCCUGCAAAGCCAGCAUGCUAAAAAGCAUCGUUCUGCAGUCGGACCACCUGCAGUAUGUCAUUAAACAGGUUUCAUCGGAAUCAGGAGACAGCACCGAGUGUGUUGCGGACGAAGCGUCUGUGAUUCUGGAUGAGAUGGCUCACCGUUUGCAGCUCGGCACGAUACGGUUCUUCGCCUUCGCGCUCAGCAAAGCCUUCAAGAGGCUCUUCCGCAGCGUGCGUGUCAACGAGGAGGGCAUCCAGCGGCUCCAGCAGGCUGUACAGGAACACCCAGUGGUUCUCCUGCCCAGCCACCGGAGCUACAUGGACUUCCUGAUGAUGUCCUACUUGCUCUACACGUACGACCUGCCCCUGCCCGUGAUUGCGGCUGGAAUGGAUUUCAUGAGCAUGAAGUUUAUUGGUGAGAUGCUGCGUAUGUCAGGAGCUUUCUUCAUCCGUCGGUCGUUCGGAGGUGAUAAACUCUACUGGGCUGUGUUCUCGGAGUACGUGAAGACCAUGCUGAGGAACGGAUAUGCCCCGGUUGAGUUCUUCUUGGAAGGAACUCGGAGCAGGACGUGCAAAUCUCUCACACCUAAGACAGGGUUGCUGAAUAUUGUGAUGGAGCCGUUUUUUAAAGGAGAGCUAUUUGACGUGAACCUGGUUCCUGUCAGCAUCAGCUACGAGAGGAUUCUGGAAGAGUCUCUGUACGCCCGAGAGCUGCUGGGCGUCCCGAAGCCCAAAGAAUCGACCUCAGGUCUGCUGAAGGCCCGGCGGGUCUUGAGUGAGGACUAUGGCAGUAUGCAUGUGUAUUUUGGUCACCCCGUGUCUGUACGCAGUCUGGCGGAGGGAAAAAUAAACCGCUCUCAGUACAACCUGCUGCCCAGGUACAUUCCUCAGAAACCCAGCAUGGAUACUCACGAGUUUCUGAACGACGCCGCGUUUCGUCUGGUGCGCAUCCAAGAAGAGAACAUGGUCCUGAAGCCCUGGGUCCUCAUUGCCACGCUGCUGCUGCAGAACCCAGACGGCCUGGACCUCUCGUCCCUCACAGAACAGACAGACUGGCUCAGGCACCUGGCGCUGGCGUUUGGGGCUUUCCUGGACUGGCCAGAUCACGAGGCCUGCAGAGAAGUGGUCGGCUGUAGUUUAGCUCUGCACAGACACCUGUUGAGCGUGUCUGCAGGCCGCGUCGAGCUGAGCGUCACCGGUGCGCCGCAGCUCGAGAUCCCAGCAGAGGAAGCCGUGUUUCACCGAGCCGUCGUCGUGCUCUCCUGCGCCUCCUACAGGAACCAGAUCCUACACGUGUUCCUGAGACCUGCUCUCUUAGCCGUGGCCAUGCAGAGCGCAAGCUCCAACAGAAAAGAUGACGUCUACAACUGCUUCAACUUCCUGAGGAACAUGUUCUCCAACGAAUUUAUUCUUUGCCCCGGGGACUCUGUUCAGGACUUUGAAGAGGCGUGUUAUUUGCUCAUGAAGCGUGGCGUGUUGCAGGUAUUGGAGCGUGAGAUUGUGAUGUCAGCGAGCGGUCACGGCACCCUCUCUUUCCUGUGUUCGGUCCUGGACCCCUUCCUGCAGGGAUACCAGGUGGUGUGUCGCUAUCUGUGUGAGGAGACUAAUGAGAACCUGACGGAGAAGGAGUUUAUUCCUGCUGUGAGGAGUUUUGCACUGAACCUCAUAUUAGCAGGUCGUCUGAAGUGUUACGAAGCUUUAUCCUCAGACCUGCAGAAGAACGCUCUAGCAGCCCUUCUGAGGCUCAAGGCCGCGAGGAAGGUCAAAGUAGGAGAUCAGGUGGUGCUGAAGGUAAACAAGAUCGCGGUGAACUCUUUGGAGGAUACGUUGGGAGGUAAAAUUCCUACCCAGAAGCCCAUCGUCGCUCGACUGUAGUCGUCGCACACGUGGAGUCUCUGGAGGCCCAAACCAAACUGCCUUCAUUAACAUAAUGCCAAAUUUUGCAAGGUGGCAUGGCUUCGUCGACUACAAAGGUUACCUGUCAUCGAGCUUUAAAGGGACGUCACGGGUUUGCCAUCUGGGACGCCCACGCUAUGCUAGAAGCACUCUUUUUAUCUCUCUCCCUCUUCGACAAACUCGACAGCGGGUUGCCGUGUCUGCGAUCGGCCUUCGAUCUUCACCGCGUCUUUAUCAGACGAGUUUUAAACUGCUCUGAUGAUGCCAAGUAUACCAAGACAGUGACGCUUUUGAUUUAUUUUUUUUGAACAUCCUGUUACCGCCGCUUGUGUGCGUUUUAUCUGCGUCUGCACUAAAGAGCCUUCGCUUCGAUUUGAAACACUGUUACCGUUUGUUCUCGCUGGAUUUGUGUUGGGUGUGUUAUCUUUUCUUCGCGACUCGUCUGAAUUGAACCGUGUUCUUUUGCUCUCUAGAUAUGGCCGUCUGUUGCGUUUGUUACGGAUGAGGGUUUUUGGGGAUCGCGUCGCAAAAAUAGGUCAUUCGAAAGUGUUAACUCCUUCAGAGCUUGAGAAAAGAUCGCCUUUUGCAUCCGCUCUCAGAAAGGAAAGUUGUAGCUAAAGGCUCACUAAAAAAAUACAUGGACUCCGAUUGAAGAUGCAGACAAGUUUGUUUGUUCAUCUGAAAAAAUUUUGGAGAAAUUUAGCAUUACAGUACAUCACCGGUGGUUCCUCUGCAGUGAAUGGGUGCCGUCAGAAUGAAGUGGUAAAAACAUCCACGCCAUCAAUUAACAUCCAUCAUUAAGAUGUCUUUAUCUUCAAACCAUGAGAACAAUAAUAUCAUUCAUGAUAUUGUUUUGUCUAGUGGACUUUCCAGACUUGUAUUUUGGCCAAAAGUGACAGUUUAUAAGUUAAAAUGUCUUAAUGAUGGCAUUAAUUGAUGGACUGGCGUAAUGUAGAUUAUUUGUUGAUUUAUUAUGAUUUAUUGUUGUUUUUUUAAAUCAGCUCUUUGGACUAUUCUGACGGCACCCAUUCACCCAUUGGUAAGCCAAAGUGACGUAAUACCAAGUUUCUCCAAAUCUGUUGGAAAAACAAACUUAUUUACAUCGUGGAUACCCUUAUGGUGAGUAAAAUAUUAGCUAAUUAAAAUAUUUGGGUUAACUUCUUGAUUUAACAGAAAUGCUGUCCUCACGAGCCAAACAUGGAGACUCUUUAUUGCCAUAACAGUGUUUACAUGCCUGUUGUAAACCACGGCUUUAUUUUUAUUUUACGCAUUACUGCAUUUUUUUUACUAAUUAAUAUGCUGAAAUAUUUUUAUUAUUAAAAACGAUCGGACGAUACAGAGGCAUGUUGCACAAAACCGCUGAAUCUCAGUUCGCUCUGUUCAAUGCCGCUGCAAUGUCGUUUCAAAGCUUUAUAUCCAUUUUUCGAAUUUGGUCAGUUGAGAAUUAAGACACGCUGACCCAGAUUUCGAUAUUAGACAAACUUAAGCUUCAAUAAUUGUGUCGAUGCUGUCGGAUACAGUUAAGAAAAUUCACAUGCUGCACUUUUUCUAGGGAAAGACAAAACAAGUGUGUGGAUUUGAAUGGGAAUUUCAGGUAUAUUUUAUCCCAUAUUUUUGGGGUGAUGGUCAGACGUUGUCUGUAAUCACUGAAUGGACGAUGCAACUACAAAAUGCAAGAUAUAAGUAAAGCCAUAGUGUUCAUCCAUUCUGGGUUCGGGUCGGUUCUUGCACAGUUCAUUGAAUUAAGUCAAAAAGCUGAAACCAUAUUUAUGUUUGCAUCGACACGCAGCUUUUUACGUAAUUUGAUGAAUUCGUCUUGAAAUGGUUUUGGAAAAACAUGUGGAAAUCGCUCCUUUUGAUGUUUAGACAAUUGUUUUUUUUCUAUCUGUGUAUUAAGUGUCUUUCUAAUCAUGUUAAUAUCGCGAACGGCGCUUCUGUCUGAUGAUCUUUUUGGAGAAAUUGCAUUAAAACUAAAGAUUAAAACAAAACCCAAAUUUA